ACAUUCUCUAUUUCGCACAAGAAGGAGGUCCAGGAACGUUUAUGCGAGCCAAUGGCCCGCGAGGGGUGGAGAGAUUGCAGCGUUUUAAAGAGUUUACUUUUAGAUGGGCUUGCCAAAGUUGUCUGGCACUGGGGCAGGACGUGAAAGGUAAUGGCAGCCCCGUACCGGAUCCUUUCAGUGAGGGGACUUUAUUUGCUUUCGUGGAGACCCAGCCAGAACUGCGCGCCUUUACGCACUUUGGGGGUACUUAGGGAACAUUGGUGCCGCUAGAAUAAGUCCAGUAAUACUAUGGCCGAGGAGCACAUCUCACUGACCGAGGAUCCGUUCAGUCCACACAGCAGCAAAGGCUCCACGCCCAGGCAUGAACUGGACCAAGAUCCUGCGAACUCUCCCGCUGGCUCUGACGCGCUUGCGGCGGCGCGUCCGCCGGCUGGGGCGCGCGGAUCGGACAGCGGCGCGGAGGACGAGCGGUUCCCCGCCUGCAUCCGGGACGCCGUGUCGCAGGUGCUGAAAGGGUACGACUGGUCGCUGGUGCCCAUGCCCAGUCAGGGGGAGAGGGGGCUGAAGAGCAAACCGCACGUAAAAAGGCCGAUGAACGCCUUCAUGGUGUGGGCGCAGGCGGCGCGGAGGAAGCUGGCGGACCAGUAUCCUCAUCUACACAACGCUGAACUGAGCAAGACGCUGGGCAAGCUGUGGCGGCUUCUCUCUGAAACAGAGAGGCGGCCAUUUGUUGAGGAGGCUGAAAGACUGAGGCUGCAACACAAGAGAGACUAUCCAGACUACAAGUACCAGCCUCGGAGACGCAAAAGCGCUAAAGCGGGCCAAGGGGACCCGACGGCCAGACUGGUCCAACAGCACCACCACCAGCAGCAGCAGCAGCAGGAGCAGCAUUAUCAGAACGACUUUUAUAAGAUGGAAGCUGGGUUGGGCCGGCUGGCUGGCAUAGGCGAGGCACCCAAGCAUUGCCAUCCAGACAGGCCAGGUCACCCACACGGUCCUCCAACACCCCCGACCACCCCUAAAUCUGAGCUGCACCCGGGAAACAAGCACGAGGCCCAACGGCCUAUCAGCAGCGGCUCUGCCAUCCAUCCCAACCGCAACAUCGACUUCAGCAACGUGGACAUUUCCGAGCUCAGCACAGACGUCAUCGGCACCAUGGACGGCUUCGACGUGCGCGAGCUGGAUCAGUACCUGCCUCCCAGCGGCCACGGCGUGGCUCUUCUGGCCCAGAUCGAACCCAGCAGCCCGCCUGGACCGUACGUCCCCCAGAGCGACCGAGCCGCCGGCGACAGCGUCGUCAAAAUGUCGGACGGGAUGUUGGCGGAGACGGCGCGGGAGGACGGCGGCCGUAAACCCGAGAUCAAAACGGAGCAGAUGAGCCCGGGCCACUGCAGCUCUUCGUCUACUCCUCCGCCCUCGCACCAGCCUCAGUACGCCUCUCUUGGCUCGGGCGUCUGCCCUUCCUCCACCUCCCCCUCUUCAACGUCUCCUCCUGAUCCACCGGACUACGCUGACCUGCAGAGCCCCAGCCUCUACAGCGCGUUUCCAGGUUAUCCUGCCAGCCUGUACCAGUACCCGUACUUUCACUCCUCUCGCAGGCCGUACGCCACACCGCUCAUCAACAGCCUGGCCUUGGCACCGCCUCCACACAGUCCUCCCUCUGUCUGGGAGCAGCCUGUCUACGCUACGCUCUCCAGGCCCUGACGGCCAGACACUGAAGUCUGGUAACAGACUCAGACAUUUAGCAACCGAUAUCUCACCUAAUUCCCUGAUUUUAUUUUUUUUAUUUCUUUUGGCUGACCAUACCGCUUGUUGUCACGCUAAAGAAAUCCCAAAACUGACUCAGAAAUGUGUUUUAAAACGGAUCCCUUAAGAGACACUUUCCCUCCUACUCUAGUUGUUAGUGGAGUUUUCUUGAGUGCAGCGAUAACGGAUCAGAAUACCAGCAAUCAAGACAGGUUAGAUUCUAUGGGAGGAACUGAAGACACCUCUUUCCAGUAAAUUCAGACCCCAGUUAUCUUGAGUUACGCUCUUGUACACUAUGUUCAGUUUGUAACGAUGCUUCAUGUGUGGUCCGAGUGGGUGCUGCUUGUUUUUGCCCGUUUGGCAUGCCAUGCCUUUGCCGUUUUAGACCAUGCGUCAGGCUUGUCUCAUAUUGAAAUGUAGGGAUGUCACUCUAAUAAAUAAUAUCUGCCAAAUGGAGGUGGCUGGAGGUUAUCAGCAGACAUAACCUGUCAUAAUUUAUAAGAGUCAACUGGUACAAAUGGGGUUUAAAACCCAAAUGCAUGCAAACAGUUGAUUAUGCUCAGCAGUUACAUAAUUUGUGAGAUUUAAGCAUCUUUGCAACAUAUUUUUUCCACAUUUAAUGAAAAAAAAAUCAAAUAAACACUUAUAAACCUGGUUUAAGUACAUGGGUACACAAAGAUUUAUUUAUAGCGUACAAAAUAGAGGCAAGAAGGGACAAAAUGGCAUAGUGUGGUUUAGAAAUGGGGAAAACAGAGCAACAGGCAAAUAGUACUGAGGCCAAUCCAAGUAGCAGGUGCAGCUUUAGCUUGGGACAGUUUGUCUUCCUUUAAAAUACUUGCGCGCCAAAACUUAAGUUGAGGGAACCCGAGCAUUAUGGGAGAAAACAUUCAAACCUGACGCCGAUUUAAAGCCACACGUUGCCUUGUGACAGUGCCGCGUGAGUAAUCUCACAAGCGUUCCCUGGAUCUUCUGCUUGUAAUGUUUCCAGUUUGCACAAAAAAAUGCAAGAGAGAGUUCAAUGUUUGUAACUCCUUUCUACAAUUUGUAAGACGAUUUAUCUAAUGUGGGGCCGUGGCUGAAUAAAGCAUUCAAAUGUGAUUGGGA